GUUGGUUGUUUGGUGCGUGCACACUGCACAGGUGUACGGAUAACUGGUUCGGCAUCACAAUUCAUCCUCUGAAUUGCAGGUGGACUGCGCUUGGAUCCCAGAAGGACCGGACUGUACCUGUGUGCUUCUAACCUCACCAUGGGACAGGGGGACCCGUCUAGACCAGGGUUCGGCGUCGCCGACUACUCGGUGUUCGCCGUCAUGCUGCUGAUCUCCAUGGCGAUAGGGCUCUUCCAGGCCCUGAAGAAGGGAAAGACCGAAGCCACCGCUGACGACUUCUUCACGGGGGGCCGUAAGAUGCCGGCCAUCCCUGUGGGCCUGUCCCUGUGCGCCAGCUUCAUGUCUGCGGUGCAGGUGUUGGGGGUGCCCGCGGAGGCCAUGCGCUACGGCUAUAAGUUCCUCUACAUGUGCCUGGGCCAGAGCAUCAACUCCCUGCUCACAGCUCUGCUCUUCCUCCCCAUCUUCUACCGGCUGGGCCUCACCAGCACCAACCAGUAUCUCAGGCUGAGGUUUGGCCGAGCGACCCAGCUGCUUGGGAGCAUCCAGUUUCUGAUUGCGACUCUGCUUUACACAGGCAUAGUCAUCUACGCUCCAGCUUUGAUUCUUCAUCAAGCUACCGGGCUCAAUAUGUGGGUGUCUCUAUUUUCCACGGGAAUCAUAUGUACUGUGUACACCACCGUGGGGGGCAUGAAGGCGGUGAUCUGGACGGACGUGUUCCAGAUCCUGGUGAUGCUGUCGGGCUUCCUGGCCAUCUUCAUCCACGGCACGGUGCUGGUGGGGGGCCCCGCCCGCGUCCUGGAGAUCGCCUACAACGGGUCCCGCCUCAACUUCAACGAUUUUGACCCGGACCUGCGGAAGCGCUACAGCUUCUGGAGCCUGAGUGUCGGGGGGGCCAUGGUGUGGCUCUCCAUGUACGGGGUCAACCAGGCCCAGGUGCAGCGCUUCAUCUCCUGCAGGACCGAGCGCCAGGCCCAGUGGUCUUUGUUCGUGAACCAGAUUGGCCUGUGCCUGGUGGUGGGAAGUGCGGCUACGUGUGGCAUUGUGAUGUUUGCGUACUAUAGCAGCUGUGACCCGCUGCUGUCCGGGAAGAUCACCUCUGCUGACCAGUACAUGCCGUAUUUCGUGCUGGAGAUAUUCGAGAGCUAUCCGGGGUUCCCAGGCUUGUUCCUGGCCUGUGCAUACAGCGGCACGCUAAGCACAGCCUCCACCAGCAUCAACGCCAUGGCAGCCGUAACCAUGGAGGACCUGCUGAAGCCCCACCUACACAACCUCCCCGAGAAGAAGUUGCUCCUCAUCUCCAAAGCCCUGUCGUUUUUCUUUGGCUCUUUGUGUAUCAUCGUGGCUGCUCUCUCCUCCCUGCUGGACUGGGGUGUUCUUCAGGGGUCCUUCACGGUCAUGGGCGUGGUCAGCGGCCCGCUGCUCGGCGCCUUCACCCUGGGCAUGUUCUUCCCCUGGGCCAACCAAGUAGGGGUUCUGUGCGGUGUGGCGGCCGGGUUCAGCGUGUCUCUGUGGCUGGCCAUCGGCUCCACCCUCUACCCACCCAGCGCUGAGAUCAUGGGGGUCCUGCCCCUCCUCGGAGGGGACUGUUCACCCAGCAACGACUCUCUCUCCGGCAGCCUGGUCACAGAGAAACCCUCCUCCAUUGUCCAUCUUCAUCCAGACGAGCAUGAAGGGCUCCAUAACUUCUACUACAUGUCCUACCUCUACUUUGGCGCAAUGGCAACCAGCACGGUCAUCCUGGUCGGGCUGUUAGUUAGUUGUGUAACAGGAGCCACAAAGAGGAACACAAUAGGGCCGGGCUUGCUAUGGUGGGACCUGCAUAAGUUCAAACUGGGGGAAUCGGACAGCCCCCACCCUCAGAUGGUCCCGCUGAAUGCGGGGCAUAGGAAGGGAUCAAGCCGUGGGGAAAACAAUGACGUGGGAAUCAUAGAGUUACAGGAGGACCAGAAUAACAAGAGAGGGAAGCUCUUUGGAAAGAGUCGUUUCCGUUUAUAACACAGCAGUUACACACGUGAUAACCGCAAGGCUGUUUUCUGAUGUGGUGGCACCUUACAUGGUAAAAUGGACCAUUAUCCUUUUGUUAUUGGUUCAGCAAAUGUUUUUUUGCUGCAACGAGGGUAUGUUUUUAAGGUACUGUUGAUUAUUAAGAUGCAGUAACUUUUAUGUACUGUUUUGUAUUUAAUUGUUUCUUGCUAAUCUUUGAGCAGUUAAAUGUAAAUAUUUUGUAGAUUUGUAUAUUUCUAUCGAAAAUGUUAUUGUAUGACAUGAGAGCUCUGAAAGUCAACUAUUUACAGAUAAAUGUAUGACAUUUGAACUAGGCCUACUUUCUCAAGGGUAAUUUCUCUGGAAUGUUCCCGUAUCUUCACCUGUUCAUACCUGUGUCUCUUGCUGCUGAUAGAUGGUGGUAGAAACUGACAAUGACAGAAUUGUUCUCUGAGAACCUGGAAUAAAGUGUGGAUUUAGAAUUUU